AGUGCGAGUAGUGGGGUUACGUGUCACUACCACGCAGGCGUGGAGCACUGUACCGGUUCCGCAGCCACCGAAGCGACUUGUGACGGUUCCACCCGCGCCUACAACAUCCCUCUCCGGAUUGGUGCAUUAUUCAUCAUCCUCGCCACCUCCGGCAUCGCAGUCUUCUUCCCCGUCAUUCUCCGGCGUUUCACGAAGAUGACGACAGGUGGUAUCCUCUUCGUCGUCAUCAAGCAGUUUGGGACUGGUGUUAUUAUCUCUACUGCGCUCAUCCAUUUGUUGACGCAUGCGCAGAUGAUGUUCGCUAGUCCUUGUGUGGGUGAGUUGGGGUAUGAGGGGACUGCGACUUCGAUCGUCAUGGCUGGUAUCUUUAUUGCGUUUAUUGUCGAGUACCUCGGUUACCGCUUCGUCGAGUCUCGCCGCCACGCGCACUCCCGUUCUGCCUCCCUGACUCCCUCAGAUGUCUCCCCCAGUGCUACCGCCAUCGAAAAGGGUCCCAACAACGUCGCCUCACACCCCGUCCACGGCGCCCACGGUGUCCCCGACGAAGCCCACGCCGAGCCCGAAAGCGUCACCAAACUCAGCGUCGCCGUCAUGGAAGCCGGUAUCGUCUUCCACUCCAUCCUCAUCGGUCUCACCCUCGUCGUGGCCGGAGACGACGGUUUCGCGCCUCUCUUCGUCGUCGUUAUCUUUCACCAGAUGUUCGAGGGUCUCGCACUCGGUGCUAGGAUUGCGGAGAUGCAGGCUACGAUUUCGUAUGUUUACCGGUUUACACUUUGUUUGAUUUACUCGCUCAUCACGCCUAUUGGGUGUGCGAUUGGUAUUGGAGUGUUGGAUAAGUUCAACGGGAAUGAUAAGGGCACCCUGAUCACUCUUGGUACGUUGGAUGCGUUGAGUGCGGGUGUAUUGUUGUACGUUGGGUUGGUGGAGUUGUUGGCGCAUGAUUGGCUAGCCGGUAGACUGAAGAAGGCUGGCAUUGUUGAGACUGGUAUUGCAUUGGUGAGUCUGAUGGCCGGUAUGGCGGUCAUGAGCUUGCUUGGCAAAUGGGCGUAA